AGGGUGGUGCUAAACUUAAAAGAACUAAACACUUACAUUCCAUACAAACACUUCAAAAUGGAGAAUUUUGAACAGGCAAUUACUUUGGUCAGUGAGGAGGACUUCAUGGCUUCUGUUGAUUUAAGACACACUUAUUAUUCAGUUAGGAUUGCAGAGGAACAACAGAGUUUUUUUUGUUUCAAAUGGAAAAACAACAUUUAUCAGUUUAGCUGUUUACCCAAUGGAGUGUCUGAAGGACCAAGGCUUUUCACAAAGCUUAUGAAGCCGGUGUUUGCUGCAUUAAGGGAGAAAGGUCACCGGAUCAUCAGUUUCAUUGAUGACACCCUAAUUUGUAACAGUUCCAGGCAGGGCUGUUUGGAUUGCAUACAGGACACCCUCCAGUUGUUGAGGAAGCUGGGGUUUCACAUUAAUUUGGAGAAGUCAGUGCUAGUUCCCACUCAACGUAUUGAGUACUUAGGUAAUAUUAUUGAUACAAAGAGUAUGACAGUGUCGUUGCCGGAAUGCAGGAUAGUUAAGAUCAUGCAAGCCUGUAUGUCCCUCAUGGGCAAGGAAAGGGAUAAAAUUAGAGAAGUAGCUAGAGUCACUGGUCUACUGGUGGCUGCCUCUCCAGCAGUGACUUUAGGAAGGUUAAACUACAGGAAACUGGAAAGGGCAAAAAUCUUGGCUUUGCAACAAGUGAAGGGCAAUUUUGACAAGACAUUGGAGAUCACUAAUGAUAUGACAGAUGAUUUAGCAUGGUGGGUACAUAAUAAUACCAUACAAAACACUGAUUUUCAGAGGAGGUACAGACAUUGACUUACACACAGACUCUUCCAAGACAGGAUGGGGAGAUCAUUUAAAUGAGCAUAUCACAGGUGGCAGUUGGUCAUUAGAGGAACAACAACUACACAUAAAUGCCCUUGAACUUAAGGCUGUCUUACUUGCUCUUCAGACAUUCAGACCUCAACUUAAGGGCUAGCACAUCAAAGUUUUCUGUGACAACACAACUGCCAUGACUUACAUUAAUGAAAUGGGAGGUACAAAAUCCCUUACUUGCAACAACAUUGCCACAGCUAUCUGGGACUGGUGUCUGGCGAAUAAUGCUUGGGUUACUUGCUCAUACAUACCAGGUAAAGACAAUGUUAGGGCAGACAUAGCAUCUUGUAGGAGGAACGAACGACACGAAUGAAAACUGAAUGAGUCCAUUUUUCAAGACCUGUGUCGUGUUUUUGGCACUCCUUCCAUAGAUCUGUUUGCAUCCAGACUGAACAAACAAGUUCAACUUUUCUGUUCCUGGAAGCCAGACCCUGAGGCUGCUUACUUUGAUGCCUUUUCCAUUAACUGGUCAAUGUUUCCUCUUUGUUACAUGUUUCCCCCUUUUUCACUCAUCCCUAGGUGUCUGCAGAAACUGCGUGCAGAAAAAGCAGAGGGGGUGGUUGGUGGUGCCCCUGUGGCCAUCACAGCCAUGGAUGGGCAUGUUAUUGCACAUGUUGGUCGACCACCCACGGUUGAUUAUGAGGCAGCACGCAGUCCUGACACACCCGUCCCCAGCAGAACAACACCCAGUUUUGGAACACACAAAUCUCAUGGCAUGCAGAUUGUCAGGGAGACUUUCAGAAAACAAGGCAUAUCUGCUGAGGGUACAGACAUCAUCAUGGCCUCUUGGAAGCCGGGGACAGCCAGACAAUACAGACCACACAUCAGUAGAUGGACACAAUUUUGUAAUAGGAGACACAUUAAUCCCCUUAAUCCCACAGUAACUUGUGUUAUUAAUUUUUUGACUGAAUCUUUCCACAGGAACGUGGGGUAUGAAUGUAUCAAUACAGCAAGGGGUGCUCUUUCUUCUCUGGGUAUUGUCAUAGAUGGGUGCAGGGCAGGGAAUCACCCCUUGGUGGUCAGAUUUAUGAAGGGAGUGUUCAACAUCCGGCCUCAGCAGCCCAGAUGCACAGUAACUUGGGAUGUGGCUCCAGUACUGGACAAGUUGAGAUCCUUGCACCCUCUCCACAAGCUGUCCCUUAACCCCUUCAAUACGGUGACGCCUAUGUAGGCGUCAUGAAGCCC